AUGAACAAGACCAAUAAAAAAGCUCAGGACUUAAAGUGCCUAUAUCGAGAUUUUCCUCAGUAUUUUGUCUGGGCGCCAGCAAAGAGAGCAUGGUCCGAGAGGAGCAGAAGAAAAGUUAUUGGCAGAUUGGUUACCGUUAGCCCGAGUGAAGGUGAUAGAUAUUAUCUAGGAUUGCUAUUAUCGCAUGUUUGUUGUCCUACGUCUUUUGAUGAUUUAUUAGCUGUUGAUGGCCAAAAGAUGAGCUCAUUUAGAGAGGCAGCGUUAAAGUUUGGCUUGUUAAAUUCUGAUUCGUACAUAGAGGAUACACUUGAAGAAGCGGCUGGCUUUCAAAUGCCUUCGUCCCUCAGGUUUCUCUUUGCCACUCUUUUGUUGUGUUGUUCUCCAGCCAAUCCACGCUUUCAUUGGGAAAAAUUUGAAGCUGAGAUGUCUAGAGAUUUUCAGCGAUCUCAUCCCUCUCAUGAGUAUUGUUCUGAUGAAAUCAGAAGAAAAGUAUUGCUGGAUAUUAAUAAGACGCUUGAGCAGAUGGGCCGACACAUUACUGAUUAUCAUUUACAUUCAAAUUGUUUUAGCCUUAACUGCCAAGACCGCCUAACAAAAAAGUCAGUUUUCUCUUCAGAGGGGAGGGCAUACUUUGUCGAUGGCCCCGGAGAGACCGGUAAAACAUUCUUGUAUCGUUCUCUCCUCGCUACCUUGAGAUCACAGGGAUAUAUUGCGAUUGCUGUUGCGACUUCCGGCGUUGCAGCUUCCAUUCUACCUAGUGGAAGAACGGCACAUUCCAGGUUCAAAAUUCCAUUGGAUUGUUCAAGAAAUAGGAUUUGCCAACUAAGUAAGCAGUCUAGCACUGGCAAGUUAAUUGCUGAAUAUAAACUGGUUCUUUGGGACGAAGCUUCAAUGGCAAGAAAAGAGACCAUUGAAGCUUUUGAUGAAUUGCUUAGAGAUAUAAUGGAAUCCGAUGAGCCUUUCGGAGGUAAAGUCGUUGUAUUUGGUGGUGAUUAUCGACAGACUUUGCCUGUUAUUCAAGGAGCCACCAGGGACCAGUUAGUUGGCUCCAGUCUUGUUAGUUUGGCACUAUGGUCUAAAAUGCUAUGGUUGAGAUUGACGGAAAACAUGCGAGCUUUCUCAGACCCUUCUUUCUCUCAAUUCUUACUGAGAGUUGGUGAAGGAUUGGAUCCUAUGGAUAAGGACAACCAGAUAUGUCUUCCAAGCAAUAUCGUGGUUCCAUUUGUUAACGUAGAAACGUCUCUGAAUAGGUUGCUACUCUGUGUUUUUCCAGAUUUGAACGCCUGCUGGAAUGAUCCUUACAAAUUGAUCAAUAGAUGCAUUUUGACCCCUAAAAAUGCUUCUGUUGACGAUCUCAAUGGGGUGCUGAUCAACAGAUUCCCUGGACAGCUUCAUAUUUACACUAGCUCAGAUAGAACUUUGGAUCAGCGACAUCAGAGUGAUUACAAAGAUUUUUUAAAUUCUCAGAAUCCAAAGGGCUUGCCUCCACAUAAGCUUCUGCUAAAGGAGAACUGUCCGCUGAUUCUACUUAGAAAUUUAAAUCCGCUUGAAGGCCUGUGUAAUGGUACGAGACUUAUUUGUCGACAGCUGCUGCAACACACUAUUUGCGCCGAAAUUGCCUUUGGUCAGCACAGAGGGAAAACAAUUUUCAUACCAAAGAUCCCAUUGCAGACAUCAGAUACUGAAAAAAAUGGUAUCCCUUUCAUAAGAACACAGUUUCCAGUUCGUCUGUGUUUUGCAAUGACAAUCAACAAAGCUCAGGGUCAAACCUUGGACUAUGUCGGUAUCUACUUACGAGAACCAGUCUUUUUGCAUGGCCAGUUAUACGUUGCCCUGUCAAGAGCCAAGUCUGCUGCUGCAGUGAAAGUUCUAAUACUACCUGGAACUUUUGAUGACGUGAAACUGGAUUGCAAGACAAGAAAUGUUGUCUUUACUGAAAUUUUAGAAUUGUCUGGCUGA